AUGGCUCUUUCAAAAAUCCUCGAAAAAGAUUUCCUGACAUGCAUCAUUUGUGAGGAUAGGUAUGAAGAACCUAAAAUACUUCCUUGCGUUCACAGUUUCUGUAAAAGGUGCAUUGAGGGGCACGUGAAGAUCAAACUCGACCGUAACCGCCGUUUCCCAUGCCCCAUCUGUAGGAGGAAAUGCGAGCUGCCAGAAAAGGGGACGGAGGAUUUGCAGAAAAGCUGUCUUCUUGCUAACCUCGCUGAGGUAGUCAACAAGGUCGACCAGGCGAAGACGCAGGACAAAUGCGAGACAUGCGCCCUUAAAGAGCCCCCAGUAGAUGCAGAUGCAACAAAAAGAUGCCUGAAGUGUGAUGACAACAUGUGUGACGUCUGCAGUGCAGAACACCGACGUCACGGUGGAUGUCGUGACCACCAGCUAAUCAUAUUGGCAGAACUCAAUGAUGAAGCAUACACCAGUGAACUUCGCUCUCGCCAACAAAUUCUGUGUAGCCAUGACAACAAGACCCCGGCCGAAGUAUUCUGUUCUUGCUGCGAAAUGUUCAUAUGUGGAACAUGCGUUUCUCUUAAACACAAAGAUCACGAUUGCGAGUACAUACUAUCAGCUGCCAAAGGUGGAAGAGAUAGCUUGGCCACCGCCGAAGAAGAGAUUGGUCAGCAAGAAACAAGAGUAACGAGUCUUCUUUCAAUCAUGAAGCUACGCAAGACGGGUUUACAUUGUCACGGCGAGGAACUGAAGAAAUCUAUUAGCAAUCGUGAGGAAGAGCUCGUUGCGUUGGUUAGAACCAAUGGGGAUCGCAUGCGUAAAGAAGUGGACGAAGCUAUGAUCCAGGAAAAGGAAGUUCUGGAACCCAUGGAAAAGGAGCUAGAAUUGAUCCAGGGAUGUUUUGUGAGCUUCAGGGAAUUUACCAACACCUUAAUUACUCACGGUUCCGACCCAGAGGUCUUGCAGAUCAUGGCAAACUGCCUGAGACGCAGCAAGGAAUUAACCGAGAUGAAGUUACCGACCAUCCCAACCACCAAAAGCCUAACCCUAGAUGCCAAGCAUGUCAACAAUAUGUCAACUGUCAUUCGUGAGUGUAUGGGCGAGAUGCGACAUGCCAGGGACAAGGAACUGUUGUGGUCAUUCCGCGUAGACCUAAAUACUGAUCCUCAGGAAACACUAUCGCAUGUAGCUGUAGAUGCUGAAGGGCGCAUAUAUGUUGGUGUGUGGUGUAGCAAGGAUAAAAAGAGAAACAAGAUCAACGUAUACGACGUUAACAGGCGCUUGAUGGUGACUAUUACUAAGCCUGAGUUGACAAAUGGCAUCGCUGGUAUUGCAUUCGACCAAGAAGGAAACGUUGUUGCUCGGUCGCAGUUAGAUAACGUGGUGAUGAUCUACAGCAGUGACGGCAAACUGCUAUCUAGUUUCCACAGCCCACAGCCGCACGCAGUCUCAGUGGACAGCAAGGGACAGUACGUCAUUGCUGGAAAGGAAGCAAUAUACAUCCACGACAAGGAUGGGCAGGUCGCUCAUAGUUUUCCUGAUCCACUGCAAGUUGAUAUAUUCAAACAUGUCGCAGUCAGCGUAACAGGUGAUAUCCUUGUGUCACAUCCCGGCGAUGACAAAUUACUCGCCUACAACCCCGUAUCCGGUGUGCUGAAAUUCACGUACGGAGACAAAGGCUGUGGUGAUGGUCAGGUGAACGCACCAAGGGGAAUGUGCUGCUUGGCAAACGGGGAUAUCAUAUUAGCCGAUUUCAGAAACGAUCGCCUCCAUUUACUGUCUCCAGAUGGUGUGUUUAAGAAGUUUUUUCUUAACAAAGAAGACGGGUUGAAAUCCCCAAAGGAUGUUGUUCUCACCCCCGAUGGAAAAGUUGUUGUUGUCGAGAAUGAAGGAGCUGUAAAGUGUUUUGCUAUCCUAGAUUAA